UCACCAACUCAGUCAGAUGCGCACAGCACGCAAACUUCCUUGUCCAAGCCCAGUGCGCUGCGCUCCGUCGCCCCGUCCGCAUCUUCAGCAGCCUAACCCGUACUGUUAGUACUGUUAAGGAAUGGAACCUACGGAAAAGAAAUGAGGAUUAUUAUUUUUUCGGUCAUCUGAAGCUAUAGAAGAGCACAUAGACAACACGCAGAAACAAUAGUCGAAGUGAGUGGCUGAAGCGCGAAGGCACCAUGGGCUGCGUGGGCUCAAAGAAGGAGCAGGAGGCUCUCAGCAAAGGGACGGGUAACGACGAUCUGCAGAACCGUGCGCACACAGCCCACUAUGUCAAAGACCCCACCGCAGGGAACUCCAUGAGCAAAGCUAGCAAAAUGCCAUCCAAUGCAAUCUCUUCAGAUGGAGAGAGUAUUGCCAUGGCCCUGUUCGACUAUGAAGCCAUUCAUGAAGGUGACCUUGGCUUCAAGAAGGGAGAUAAACUCAAAAUCUUAGAGGAAUCGGGGGAGUGGUGGAGAGCUAUGUUAAUCAGUUCAGGUCAGGAAGGCUACAUCCCCAGUAAUUAUGUGGCCAAAGAUACUCUGGAGGCAGAAGAGUGGUUCUUUAAGGGCGUGAGCAGGAAAGAUGCUGAGAGGCAGCUGCUGGCCCCUGGCAACAAAUUGGGAUCCUACAUGAUCCGAGACAGUGAGACCACCCAGGGCAGCUACUCCCUGUCUGUCAGGGACCUUGAUGCUCAGUCCGGUGACACUGUUAAACAUUAUAAGAUCCGUACGCUGGACAACGGAGGGUUCUACAUCUCUCCCCGCAACACCUUCAGCACCCUGCAGGAGCUGGUCAGCCAUUACAAGAAGCAGGGAGAUGGCCUCUGCCAAACACUGACCAACCCGUGCCUGAGCCCCAAACCUGAGAAACCGUGGGAGAAAGAUGCCUGGGAAAUCCCGAGAUCAUCCCUCAAACUGGAAAGGAAGCUUGGUGCUGGCCAGUUUGGAGAAGUCUGGAUGGCUACAUACAAUAAGCACACCAAAGUAGCAGUGAAGACCAUGAAGCCUGGCAGCAUGUCAGUGGAAGCCUUCAUGGGCGAGGCCAACCUGAUGAAAAGUCUACAGCACGACAAACUGGUCCGACUCAAUGCCGUGGUCAGCAAGGAGGAGCCUAUCUAUAUCAUCACAGAGUUCAUGGAGAAAGGUAGUUUAUUAGACUUCUUAAAGAGUGAUGAGGGCAACCGUGUCCAGCUCCCCAAACUCAUUGACUUUUCGGCCCAGAUCGCAGAGGGCAUGGCCUACAUUGAGCAGAGGAACUACAUCCACAGAGACCUAAGAGCUGCCAACAUCCUGGUCAAUAAGGCUUUAGUGUGCAAAAUUGCUGACUUUGGCCUCGCUCGCAUCAUUGAAGACAACGAGUACACAGCCAGGGAAGGAGCCAAAUUCCCCAUCAAAUGGACAGCCCCUGAGGCCAUCAACUAUGGCUCUUUCACCAUCAAAUCUGACGUCUGGUCCUUUGGCAUCUUGCUGACUGAAAUUAUCAGCUAUGGACGCACACCAUACCCAGGGAUGACUAACCCAGAAGUGAUCCGUUCCCUGGAGAAGGGCUACCGAAUGCAGCGCCUGGACAGCUGUCCCACCGAACUCUAUGAAAUCAUGCUGGAGUGCUGGAAGAACAAGCCUGAGGACCGUCCCACCUUUGAUUACCUGCAGAGUGUCCUGGAGGAUUUCUACACAGCCACAGAGAGCCAGUAUCAGCAGCAGCCAUGAGACUUAACAUCCACAGACGGGUUUUCUCUUAUAGUACUGUUCCAUUCAUACGUAACAACAAGUCAAGUUUAUAUGUGCAGCAGUGCAAUUCAGAGCCCACACAUACACAUACACACACACACACACACACACACACAUACACACACACACAUCCACACACAUGCUCUCUCUUUACCAUUCUCUCUCCGUCUGUCUCUCUUUCUCUUUCUCAUUCAUCCACACAUAAUGUAUUGCAACAAGGGACUGUACAAAAAUUAUUGGGGAGCGUUGAUACUUUAUUAACUAUUUUUUUAAGGAAGCUAUGCAUCACUCUUUCUAAAAAAAAUUAGAAUUUUUAUUGGGCCCUCCGUCCUUUGAAUAAGAACAUUAUAAAGUAAAAUCACCACAGAUGAGAGACGCAACAUAUAAAAGCAAUAUAAAGAGUAAUUGUUAUUAUUUCUAUUAAAAUAUUAUGACAACUCAAUCCUACCUCAUACUUAGGUCAGGGACACAGCACAACAUAGCACAUAACCACAGCUGCAUCAACUGGAUAUUCAUCUUCGCAAAACUGCCCACAAAUCAUCUGGAUGCACACUAGCAGUCUUGUAAAUCAACAUUGACAUAUACAGUAGUCACCAGUGCAUAAUAUGUGCUGACAUAUAUACUGUAUGUGUUAGUUUUAUCUGCAGCUACAUGUCAUGUGGAUCACUAUAUUUCGGGAAAAACCUGCAAAUCAUUUUGCACAGAAAACCUAAUGUGACCUGAGAUCUAAUGCAUAUCACUCUAGGGAUGAUUACUGGUGACGGGUCAUUUUCAUUACCUAGCUUUGGAGGUAAGGUGUGGGCUGCAAAACUGGACCCAUGCAAGACUCUUCUCUACAUGUCCAAGUGAAAAUAGCAUGUCUUGGCUUGGAUAGGCCUUGCUGAUGCACAGGGCACUUCUAACAAAUUUGCAAGAGAAGGCUGAGGGGAAACAGGCCCUCCACUGUGCUGUAAAAAAACAUUCUGACUACUUUUUUUGACUCAAUAAGAAAAGAUAAAUAGCCAUCCUACUUUUCUGCCCUCACCCCUCUUAUAAUGUUCGUACAGUCCCUAACAUUCAAGCAUCUUUUAAAGUGAUUUACACAACAUGCAGAGUCUGCAGGAAGCCGUGUAAAGAUACAUGGCCAUAUUCAUCAACAAACAAGGCCACCUGGAAGCAGUCACAUGGAAAAGACUGUAGUGAGUUGUUAUGCUCCAGCACACAAUGUGCAUCCAUCAAAGGAAGGCAUAACCACAGCACAGAUGUUUAAUAGUGAAAUAGGUGCAGUGCUCAGCGCUGAUAAUACUAUGUUGAUGUCAACAAUUCAGCAGGCAAAGCUGUCUUUGUCCCCUCCCCUCCUGUGAAAGAAGAGUGGGUAUUGUGGACUUUACAAAGAGCAAGAUAUACUGUAUGGCUGAAAUAUGAUUACAUCUUCUAUUUAUAUUCCAUAGACAUAUAUUUUUUUCCAGUAUGAUAUGGCUUGUUUUAGUAUAACUUCUUCAUUGUGCCUUUUUUUUUUAAAGUGGUUUCUUUUCUUUCAGUCUAACAUUAUAAUACAUUCCAUACGCUCUGUAUAUAUAAACAGGUGUACACACAAAUACAUAUAAUUAUUUAGGAAUAGGGUAUUUAAUGUGAAGCCAUUUUAACUGAUAAUGCUUUUUGAUCCUUUUGUUCUGCAUUGGGAAACUAAAUUAAAAAGUAGUGCAUACAGAUUUUCACAUCUUUUUCUGUGUGAAAAAAUAAUCUAUUUGUGCAAAUGGUACUGAUAUUAGUGUAUUGAAUGCAAUAAUCUUUCCAAAAGUAAAUGCCUUGUCUAUCAUUUUUUUAGUGAAGGACUCAUUACUCUAUUUUUUCUAUGCUGUUUGGAUAAUGUGAUUAUUGUAUUGUUGGAAACAGCAGUCUGCUUUGUGGACCAAAAUCCAAAGAAUUUUAAAGGGAAUAUUUUUAAGUAUUUAAGAUUUUGCCAUUGUAUGAUUUGGUAUUUCCACAGAACUGUGAGCAAUAAUAUCUGAGAGAAGUUUUCUAUGGAAUGCCCAACACUGUAUAUGUAUUCAUAGAGUUAUUCAAUGUUUUUGUUUUUUUCUUUAUCACUAUAAAACUCUUUGCAUAUUUUGUUAGAUGCUUCGUUCAAUGAAACUGUGGUGAAAAUUUUCAAAUACACUGUUAAUAAACUAUAAUCUACUCAAA